AGCAGAGUGGAGGUUUAGCAUGACGGACAUGAAGGUGUGCUUACGGUUGACAUUAUGUCUAUUAUAUAUCAGUAUAGUAGUUAUACAGCAAACGACUGCUAAACGCCCGCCAGACAAUCCUAGACCCAGGAAAAUACUUAAGGCGCUCAACAGAAAAAAGGUCAUUCAAGAUGAAUACAUCGUCACACUUGUCAAUGGAUUAGCUCCCGAAGAAGUUCAGCGUCACCUUGACGACACUGCGCAUUUAUAUGAGAUUCCCAAUUCAAGGGACAUAGGACACAUUCUCAAGAAGAGGAAAAGGAGCACGUGCGUAUCAGAGAGAGGCCAACAAAACUACUUCACGAAAAAUGGAUUGCAAGAACUCGUCUAUUCAGUGUUUUGUAUGUCAGAUGAUGAUUUGGAGACUCUUGACAAAGAUCCAUUGGUUAAAACACUAGAGGAAGAUGAACGAAUAGGACUGGGUCCUAAAGUUAAAAACUAUGAGGAAAUAUCUGAUGUCGAAAAUGCAUAUCUUACAACAAGAGGUAGAGUCAGGGCGCGUUCAUUUCGGAGUAGGGGAUCGAACCCAAUACGGAAAAUAUUUGGUUCUAUACGUAGACUUACUGCUAGACGAAACAGAAGUAGAGCGACCUUUAAGUCACGCAUUGGGAUGAAAGGUGGCGGCUUGAAAGGAUCAUUCACCCAACUAUUGCAGCCCCAAUUGGAGAAUGCCAACGAAUCUUGCUUCUACGAGUACAUAAGCAAUUUUGGCCAAUGGGGACUCGAUAGAAUUGACGCUGAACAUCCAGAUUUCGACUCUGCCUUUUCCAUAGGAUGUAGUGGCGACGAUGUUGACAUCUACAUAGUUGAUACAGGCAUUUUAAACAAUCAUGAUGCUUUUCGAGAUGCUGUUACAAACAAAUCUCGGGUUAUUCAGGGUUAUAGCUCCGUGAGUUUUCCGGACGAUGAUACUACUGACUAUGAUGGUCAUGGGACACACGUAGCUGGUGUGGCAGGUGGGCAUCUCUAUGGCGUUUGUACUGGGGCAAAUCUCAUUCCAGUGAAAGUCAUCGACCUUGACCCCGAGACAAACGAAGCAGUUGGAACAAAAACGAGUUUGAUCGAAGGUCUUGAAUGGGUAAAACGAAUGUAUCGACAACGAGGUAGAAAAGCUGUAGUUAAUCUUUCUAUCGGUGGAGAGAAGAGUGUCAGUGUUGAUGACGCUGUAUUGAGUUUGGUGCAUGAGGGUAUAACAGUGGUGGUUGCUGCUGGGAACAACAACACAGAUGCAUGUUACGACUCCCCUCCAGAUGUCAGAGAAGUGAUCGCGGUUGGAUGUAGUACAAUUGGAAUGAAAGAUGGCAAACCCGUCGACAAAAUGUGCCCUUUCUCGAAUUAUGGCGCGUGUGUGGAUAUCUUGGCUCCAGGGUCGGCAAUACAAAGUUCCACGAUCUCCAAGGGAAACCCGGAGUCUACCUCGGAAACAGAAGUAAUGUCGGGGACUUCAAUGUCGUCUCCUUUUGUGGCAGGUGCAAUAGCCUGUUACUUGAGUGUUGUGGAUAAGACGCCCACUCCCGCCGAAGUUUAUGAAUGGCUAAUGAAAGAUUCCACUAUGACAGGACUGGUUCAGAUGGAUGAUCACCAGAGUACUACAUCUAAUAGAAUACUUUCUAUCCCUAAAUGUGAAUGAUGGAUGAUGAACAUUAGUACUCGGGCUUACUGUACAUGUACUACAUACAAUACUAACAUGAUAAUGUGAAUGAUGAACAUGAACACUCGGACUUGCUGUGCAUGUACUAAAAACAAUACUUACUAUAUGUUACUAUUGGCCGCUUCCUCAACUGUCUUCCAUCUUUUAAUAAAUUAAAAAGUCCAUUUGAAUAUA